UUUUAAUCGAAUGAAAUUAUUGGCAGAUAAAAGAUGAUCGUAACGUGUUUAUAUUUUUGUCAAAUAGAGUUUCUCUAAAACCUCGAUUAAAAGACAUUGAAAAUUGUUCGCCGCUAUUUGAUAUCAACACCGAAUCUUCGCCAAAAAAAGAGAAACGAAAAUCUACACGAUAAAUACUUUUUCUUUUUUUUCUUUUUUGUUAAAUAUUAACGACCAAGAGAUCAAAGAAGUUGCGCGAAGAACGGUGUUGUUACGAAGGUAAAAGAAUGAAGACGCGACGACUGUAUGCACUCAAUCAAUUACAUUCUCCAAAAAAUUCCACAACAUCCGUUUUUCUUCACGGAUCUGAUAUUCUUUCUGGAAAAAAUAAUAAAAAAUUGUUUGAUAUCAAACGUCGACGUUUGCAACGUGGAAAACUUCAGAAGAAUAAUGGGGAGCACGUUCUAUCUAUAAAAAGGGAUGCAUUCGCAUCUUUAGAAUCUUUAUUCGAUAUAAAAAAACCAUUAUAUCUAUCGAAAUUAAAUUUAGUUCAGAUUCAGCAUUAUAAAGAACAUAUCGUCUUUGAAAAGCAUAAUCUUAAGGGCGGGAGACAUUUGGCGGGAGAUUCGAUUGUAAAAACUACUGAAUUAUAUCCGAAAGUAUUUCCGAAUAUUUCAAAACAGAAAAUCGACGAAGAAAAUAGUUUUCCGUAUAAUACGUUAGAAAAAAGUGAAGAGCCAAACGUAAAUCCAAUAAAAUUAAUAAAUCAUUUAAACGAGAAAGAUUCAUUGAAUAAUACUGUCGCGCAGGAAAAUCAGAUAAACAAAAAAAUGGCGGACGAAGAAUUGCUAGAAGAAGAGAAGAAUCUUGAAGAAACGUUAGAUGACACGGAGGAAGAAACAUUGAAAGAGAUGGAUGACCAAUUUGUUCCACCUCCUUAUCCAAUACCAUCCGGUGCUGGCGAGGGUGUACCCGUUAAAGUUGGUAGACGUCGAGAAUCCAUGUUAAGUUCUUCACCCUUAACGGAAGAAUCUGUGAUGGAAGAGUUAAAAAUAGCCGAUGAAAGAUGUAAUAUAGUCGCAGGCGAGAUAAAAAAAUUAAAAGAAGAAAUGAUUGAGCUUACUAAUAAAAAAGAAUUGACAGAUGAUGAUACAAUACUGAUUCAAAAGAAGCAAGAGGAUUUAAUGUUGAAAUUAGCUGAGUUUGAACAAAUGACACGGAAAUUACAGAGAUUAUUAGGAUUAACUGAUCCUACUAGCGAAACAUUUUCAAGAAUGUUCGGUUUGUUACCUUAUCCUCAUACAAGAUCAAUAGAGGGUGCUGGAGAAGAGAUCGAAAUUUUACCGGCUGAAAAAGUUGAUGAUAUUAAAGGAAAACUUAAGCCGCCGAUAUCGCCGGUAACAGAUGAUCAUUUUGAUUUACCUCAACCGGAGUAUCAAGAAGAUAAGCUUCCAAGAGUAAUCGUUUGCGGUUACACAGAAGACGAAAUGCCAAAAAUCGUGAUAGCUGAUGGUGAUCGAGGAGGAAAGAAAGAAUGUUUGCAAAAUUUAACAGGAAAGUUAACCGAGUCAUUGACAAUGCAAGAGAAAUUAGUUAAAGAGAAUGCACAACUUGAGGGUGGAAAAUACAAAUUGGAAGAAGCACUAUUGGAGAAAGAUACAGCUGUGGAGUGUCUUCAACGGAAGGUAUGCGGUUUGCAAGCUGAAAUACGUUUAAUAAUGAAGGAGAAUACGGAAUUAAAUCGUCGAUUGGCUUGUUUAAAUCAACGUGUCACUACUUCUACUUGCUGUUACACAUGUCCAGAACGUAGAUCAUCUUGUUCACCGCCAGUGGUCUCACCUUUGCCAGCAUAUUCCCAAGUAACUUCCUCGCUUCAAGAUCACGGUUGUUGCCAGUGCAAAUAUUGUGCCCCAUGCGACAGUCCCGUUCAGUCACCUACCUCUGUAUGCGUAAACCCAUAUAGCAAUCAAACUUCAAACGAUUGUGGCUCAUCGAGAUUAGCAGGUGGUGCAUCGAGAACAGGCAAUUGUAUAUUGAGUAGAAGUUCAUCGCAAAUCGAAGAGAUGUGUUUCCGUAGUCCUACAGUUUGUACAAAACCAUGUCCUGAGUCAACACCCAGAGGUGUUUGCCCGGCUGAAUUAGAAAAUAAAUUUGCUAUUUAUGGGAACAAUACCAAACAAUUGGCUCAACAAUUAGGUAGUAUGGAGUGUGAAGUACGAAAUAUGCAGAUAGAACUAGCAAAUGUUCAACGAGAACGUCAACAACUCGAACAACAACGCAAAUUGCUUAAAUGUUCCGGACCCUGUGCACCAUGUGCUUGUUGUCCUGCUCCACCACCUUGUGGUGGUCUUUCACAAGGCCUUCAAUCUUCGAUGAUAUCAAAUUAUAUUCCAAAUACUCAAUUACCUCCCACGAUUCCACCAUCUGGAAAUGGAACGAUUUCACCCAUACCUAUUCCAAAGGCGCAGAUCAGUCAACAAUCCACGUCUGCUAUGUGUACUGGGCCCUGUAUAAUGGCACCUAUGGGUGCAAGCACUUGUCCUCAACAACAAUUACGUGAUUUGCGAGAACAAUACGCACGUCUUCAAGAUGAUUAUAAAAAUAAAUUAUGCGAGGUAUCUUGUUUACGUACUGAUACGGAAAAAUUGAAACAAGAAGUUCGAGACUCAAGGGAUGAAAAGGAAAGGAUGGAAAUAAAAUUGAUAGAUACACAGGAACGUUUGAAAUCUUUAGAAGCCGAAAGAGAAAAAUUCGAAGGAAAAAAAGAACAAAUGGUAGAGCAAGAGCAAGCCUUAUUAAUGGCCAAAGAACGUUUUAGAAAAGCGCAGGACGAAUUGGAAGAACUUCGAUCAUUAAUUCAAGAUCAAGCUGCACAAUUAGAGGAUUAUCGCAAUAAAUAUUUACAAGCUCAGCAACAAGUGGAAGAACAACGCCGGCAACUCGAUCUCAUGGAAAUGGAUAAUGCUCGAAUGAAUGAAAAUGUAACGUUAGAAAUUGGAAGAGUUAAAAAUCAAUUCCAAGAAAAACUCGCUGAACUCGCUCCAUUGCCGGAUAUCUUGAAACAAACUCAAAUGAAGCUUCAAGAAGCUCAACAAAUGAGAUUAGUAGCCGAGCGUAAUUGCGAAGAUCUUUCACGUGAACUUUUAGGAUGUAAGGAUAAGAUUCAAACGUUGCAAAGUCAAUUGGAUGUAUUACGUAACGAGCAUCAAGCAUUGCAAGACGAAAGAGGACAUGGUACAGGACGAUUCGAUGAGUUAGAAAAGAAAAAUGCUGAAUUAAGACACGACAAUGAACGUAUGAAAAAUACACUUGCUCGAUUCGAAGAACACGAGGCACAAUUGAAAAAACGAAUGGACGAAAAGAUGCAUGAAAUUACUCAAUUAACUGCAAUGCUCGAACAAGUGAGAGAAGACAGUGCAAGACAAGUAGCACGUACUAAAGAAAGAUGCGAAACAGUUAGACGGACAAUGCAAGGUCAAAUAGCUGAAAUGGAAAGGCAAUUGGCUCAGUGUAGAGCAACAGCUAGAGCAGCACAGAAGGAUAGAGACGAGAUUAGGCAAAAGAUGCAGAGUCAGAUAAAUAAUCUAAAUGAGGCUUUUGAACAAGCUCAAGGUCGUAUCAGAUCAUUACAAGGACAUGUGAAUUAUCUAAAAACUUCGUACAGUAAUAUUUUUAAAGGACAAGGAGAAAGUCCGAUUGGUUUACCAGGGGAUGGCGCGCUUGGUACUGGAUACGAUUCUUGCGACUGCAAUUAUUAAAAUUAACUUAUUAUAUAUUUUUAGCAUUUUUACAUGCUCUUUAAUACUUUUAACAGUAUUUAUUAACAGAGCUUACAUUUUACUACUUUAUUAUGUGAUAUAAAUUAUUUUUUUUAAAUUAUCGUGGGACUCAUUCGUAUUCGAAAGAUCCGUCAAAUUUUGAAGAAAUUUAAGGUAACAGGUUUAUCACUUAAAGGAUUGGUGGUAGUAAUGGAUUUGUGGAAAAAAAAAAAACAAGAAAAAAAGAAAGCAUUUUAUAAGUCGGUUUUCGAACCAUGUAUAUUUAUUCAAUAAAUCGACAAUGCAUUUUCUUUUUAUUAUCGAUGAAGUUAGACGAUGGAGGGAGAAAAAAAAAGAAUGGUCAUAUAUAAAAUAAGACGAAUCAUGAAAUAAGAAAGAAAAAAUAUUAUGUACAAAGGAAAGGGCACGUAUAUCUAAUGUUGUUUAAACUGUAUCAGUUCAUUUCAACAGAAUGAAGCAUGUUGAGUAAAUUUAGUAUAGCAUCGGAACGCGAACGUACUCGUUCCAUUUCCAUACGAAAUUCUUCCAGUUGAGAUUCGAUACGUCGUGUAUACGCGUGACAACAUCUGCAGGUAAAGAAAAUAUUAUUAUUUUUUAUUUAUUUAUUUAUUUAACAAUUGAAUUCACACGAAAUCAAAUAUAUAUAUAUAUACAUAUAUAAAUAUAAUUUAUAAAUAACUUACCUUCCAUUAGAUUGCUGCAGAUUUGAACAAGCAACAUCUGGCGAGUUACAAGACGUGACAUUGUUUAAUGGUGAGGAAUUAACCGAAUUUGAUGCCUCUUUUCCAUUGGAACAUCUUUUACUUGAACUUGUACUCCCAUUGCGAUGAUCUCCACAACUUUUUAAAAGAUCCAUUAAAAUUCCUCUCACUUUCUUACCGCUGGAUCUUCUUUGUCUAAUCUGAGUAAUGUAAUGAAUGGUUUAGUUUAUUUAUUUCCAUAUAUGAUUGAUUAUGAUAUUUAAAAAAAAAAAAAAAUAUAUAUAUAUAUAUAUACACACAUAUAUACAAAUAUAUUUGUUUAUGGAAAAUAUUUGAUUUUUCUUACUUCAGGUGUUUCGCAGGAGCUUCUUUCUGGGAUUAACAGGUCAUCGUUGUUACCAAUUGGACUAUGGUUACAAAAAUGUUCAACACCGCUAUCGUGAUUACCCAUACAUCCUAACGUUGAUUUACACGUGUGUGAUGUUUCUCUAAUCGUGUUACAGCAUUUCAUAUCAUUCUGAAAAUUCGCCUCUGUAUUAUGUAAAGAAGAUCGACGACACGUAGUUCGAUGCUUACAUAUCACUUCUUUGGCAUCGACUGUUGGAUUUAUAUAUUCGUACAAAUCCUUCCUAGAAUUUGGCGUAUUUCUAAAUGGGAACUUCUUUUCUGUGCAAAAUCCUUCUUUAACACAAUUAGGACUAUCGUUAUUGUGUUUUAGUCUUUCACAAUCACAUACAUAUUUAUAAUCUCUUUCUAAAUGCUCUAUAUGAUGUAAACAACAGGAAUGUGAUUUUUCAUGUAGAUUAAUAUGUCGUUUGUGUAUGGAACAUUCUUUCUGUUGGUUCAAUAAAAUACACUUUUCACAUGAAGCAGCAGAAGCGCUUGGACUCAAUAAGUUAUCUACAUAUACUUUUUCAUCUGAUCUAGUUGGUACAUUUAAGUAUUGAUGCGAAGUAUGUCCUUCAUUACACUUAGGUGGUAACUUUACUUUUUUGUUCGUUGAACAUACCAUUUGACUACCAUUGAACUUUCUAUGUGGUGUAACUGUAUUUUGUAAACAAGUACAUUUUUUAUUACUGUAAGGUGAUUUUGUUGAUACUUCUAAAUCUUCUUCUUUUUCGGCUAUUGAUGUUUCACUUAUCUGUAGAGAUCACAUUCAAAUAAAUGAUUAGAUUAAUCUUCGCAGUUAUUUAAAAAGUAAGGAAGUUUAAGAGUAUAUAUAUAUAUAUAUAUACAUAUACUUAUAUACUUGCCUCUUUGCCCCAAAUGUUGAUCGUACCAUUUACUUCGGACAUACGUACUUCUACAUUACCAAGCAAAUAUGGACCGCAUUCACGUAUACAAUUUAUAUUUGUUGCUUCUUGAUCGUUAUUAGGUAUUUCUGCCUGUAUCAAAAUACUUCGAUCAUCAAUAUUUUCAUCUUCUUGAUAUACAAAACAUUUUACAUUACUUUCUUCAUUUUCAAUGUCUUCUGUUUUAUCAUUUUUAUUUUCUACGGUUGUGGGACUAGCCGAACGACUUAUAUUACUUAUUCUAUUCUUUUGUGUAUCUACUAAUUUUGUAUCGCUGUAAUUAUCCGGUGAUUUGAAAUCUAUAUUGAAAUCAGACGUAGUCGUACUUGAUUUUUUUUUUAUUUCUGCAGUAUGUGGUAUUUUCAAUGGUUGUAAAAAUAUUGAAUUUCCAAGCAUUUCAGUGGCUUUUCUCUUUUUCGUAUUGAGCGGUGAUUUUAUUGUGAAAGUAUUAGAACCAGCUAUUAUUGAACCAUCAUUUUCCUUGACGGUUUCACUUUCAUCACUUCCACUUGGUCUUUUAACAGAACGAUUAUUACUAUUGUUAGAAGUAGAUCUUAUAUCAGACUUUGAUUUACCUUGUGUUAUAUUUGAAAGUGU